AUGUCUUCCACAACCCAACAGCGCCAUGACGCCGAAAAACUCAUAAACCGCAACCCACACCCCGACUUCAAAUCCGUCGAAGCCACACGCUCCCCCUGGGACGCCGACAAAUCCUGGUCCCUCACCCAAACCGUCCUGCCCUCCUGGAAACUCGGAUCUGGCGCCAACGACCAAGGCGCCUCACUCAAGAUCCCGCACAUUGAAAUCGAUCCGUACGAGGAAGGGCGCCCCGCCGUCUACAACUACAAGCUACUCAUAUCCUCCAUCAUCCCGCGACCCGUCGGUUUCGUCAGCACCCGCAGUGCCGAUGGCAAGAGUACUAAUCUAGCCCCUUUCAGCUAUUUCAACAUGAUUAAUCAUGAUCCACCGCUGUUCACAUUGGGGUAUGCGGGGGGAAUGGAAAAUGCCAAGGAUUCGCUCAGGAAUUUGAAAGAGACGGGUGAAUGCACCAUUAAUAUCAUAUCGGAGCAUUUCAUCGAGGCGGCGAAUGCAACGUCGAUAAAUGCACCAUAUGGCGAGUCGGAAUGGGCAUUCAGUGGACUUACCCCAGCAGGGUGUAAGACGGUAAAAGCGAGUCGGGUGGCAGAAGCGCAUUUUAGUGUCGAGGCAAAAUUGGAGAGUCUAAAGGAAUUUGAGAGUAGAGCUACGCCCGGGAAGAAAACAGGGGUGCUGGCUGUGGUGGAGGGAACGAGAUUUUGGGUCAGGGAAAAUGCGAUAAAUAAAGAGAAGAAUAUUGUGGAUCCAGCGGUCUUGAAGCCGAUUUCGAGACUGGGUGGGAUUACCUAUGGAAGGACUACGGAGGGGGUGGAGAUUCCUCGUGUGGAUUAUGAUACGGCGGUUGGUAAGGAUGAGGAGGCGAAGAAAUUGGUGAAGGCUAAGCUUGAGGGACAGUAG